AUGGAUUUCAAAUUGUUUCUUCUAUUCUUCUUUCUUGUUUCCCUAGUGUCUUCUGGAGCUGUGAAACGGGCGGUACAUUCGUCUGGAUGCCCCAAAAAUGCGGAAUACAAAGAGUGCACCAACAUUUGCCCGGAUAAGAGUUGUCAGAAUUUCUUGACUGUCUCCAGCUGCUUCUCUCUUCGUUGUGGACCACCGGCUUGUAUGUGCAAAGAAGGACACGUGUAUCUGAAUGGAGAGGAUAAGAAUCAAGGAUGUGUCAGAAGAGAGACAUGCAGCAAAUUGGAGAAAAUCAGAAAGCAACCUGUUCCAUGA